AUGCCUCCGAGAACUGCCAUCGUCGAAAACUUUAUCUGUAGGUCAUGCUUGUCGACUUUACGGAAGCGAACGCCCGCGGCGCAAUGGACUUUACGGUACUCUUCACAAGCUGCGCAACCCCUCUCCUCGACACCCUCGUCCCGCCUAUCACACGAACAAGAACUCGAACGCCAGAAGACCCUAGAAGCUCUAGGUCUUGUAAAAGAAGAUAAGAAUUCACGAGUGUCUGUCAAUUACUUCGAACAAGGGAAGAGUGGAAGUUUGCGCCGUCUACGAGAUGAAGACGAAUUCGGCCAGUCGCUGAUGGACCCAGACGGUCAGACUGAGGACCGCUUAAAAGAUUUGGAGCAAGAGCUGGAACAAGCAACCCAAUUUACCAAAAUAGUCGAGGAAAUUUGGGGGAAGCAAGGGGCCGAGAAGUUACGAAAACGAGUUGCGACUCAAGAUGACUCUUUACCUAAGCCUUCAUUGCUAUUGCCUGAGGAGAACUGGCCCACGCCGCAAGACCAUACGCAUAUCGUCCAGCUGAACAAUAUGAUAAAGACUAUUGGUAGGAAAGUUCAUGGUGGCACUCUUAGUCUUAAGCGAAUCAACUCGUUAUGGAAGUAUUAUUCUGCAGCGCGCAUCGCUUUAUCUAAGAGGUGGGAAUUAGUCCACGAGGACAUAUGGGAUCUACUCUGGCAGAUUCUUGCUGCAAACCAUGCGAAUAAUCCCAACCGCAUGUCACAUAUCCAUGUUCUCGUUAAGGAUAUGCAGAAGGCUGGUGUGAGCCUGCGUGACGACCAACAACUCCUUGGGAUCGAGGCAUCUUUUAUAAGCGGCUUCAGGGAAGAUGCGAUCACAGCUCAUAAAAAGCUAGUCACUACACUCGGAGCCAAUCCAGAGACUUUUGCGGAAUUUUGGCAGCUUGGGUUACGAAUGUAUUGCCUAAUGGGCGACGUAGCUCGUGCCGAGCGAGUUGCUACCACGCUACUCGAGUCACCCCACGACAAAGAUCCUCGAUAUCUACUACCAUUUAUUCGAAUGUGUGCUGGAAAUCCUGCCAUAGUAGAAAAGGGGUUCGAAAUAUAUCAACGACUAAGGUCUACACUAGGUGACUCGAUUACCAUCGACGACUACGAUCAGAUAAUUUCGUACUUCCUUGCUUCAAACGAAACAGAAUUCGCAUUUUAUAUAUUUGUCGAAAUGAUGACUUCUAACACCAUCGACCUACGUGGCGUUCACAGAGUGCCUCCUAGUAUCGCCAAUCCCUUUUUUUACGGCAAAUGGCUAAAGCGAUUAAUAGGGGCAGGCGAUCUGCAGGGUGCCUAUAAUGUUUUACUGCAUAUGAAGUCUAAGGGUGUCAUGCCUCAUGCGAUUGUAGUGAAUGGCCUAAUUGGUGCGUGGUUAAGGUCGAGUACCGCUGAUAACAUUCAAAAAGCCGAGGACGUUGCCUGGGCUAUGAUUAAUACCCGAAUGCAGUUUUUAAGCAUUAGGAAAGACAUGCAAAACCUCGCUACGUAUGUCCGGUUGAGACAGUACGGAGAGGGCUGGCCCAGAGCUAACCUGGAAACUUUCUCGCUGCUAGCAGAAAACUACAAAGAUCGUGGCCUCCAUGCCAAGAUGGAAGACCUCUGGGGAGCUUUUAGGAAUGCAGAAAUUGCACCCGACUCAUUCAUAUUAAACCAGUUACUCUUCUCCUAUCUACAAGAUGGGCAAGGGAAACAUGUCGCGUCCCUCUCUCGCGAUUUGACCGAACAUUAUCAAAUUAAGCCGGACUCAUGGACUUUUAUGGUCCUUUGGCAGGCAUUACCGGCCAACCGCCUCGUCCAGUUACCACCAGGACAAAUCCCUGAAGAAAUAUCAAGAACGAGGUCUCUCUUUGCCGAACUGGUUAAGUCAGCCCGCAUCUUUGCUACAAGUGGUAUCGAUGUCAAGUUAGCUAGAUACAUUCUGCACUCAUUUCGUAAACUCGAUGACAAGAUUGGCCUUCUUCUAGCGUAUCGAGCGUUGAGGCAGAUAUUCAAAUUCACGCCCCCGGACAUCAUAAUCCUAGAGCUGCAGGUAGGAUCUAUGGAUAUCGAAAGGACCGGAAAGGGCAAAGGUGGCCUCCGAUUGAUGCAUGCCGGGAAACAGGUCGAGACCUAUUUGAAACGAAGACAUCAGGAGCUCAUCGCGUCUGGAGAGCUUCGCGCAGGUAUCAACCUACCGGACGAUGUGAAAAAAGAAGAAUUAGGCAAUUUCCUCGAUCAAUUCCUACAGAACCAAAUUGCGGUACUAGAGGAUCCGAAUACUGAGGAGUACAUCACACAGGCAGCCAUAGAGAUGGGGUUGCAAAACGAGACACCAAGCCCUGAAGCGUUGCCGGAUAUAUGA